AUGAGUAUGAGACGAGUUGAGACGCUCUAUGAGGUUUUGGGAACACAUCCUAAUGCUUCUGCUGCUGAACUCAAAGCAGCCUUCAAGCGGCAAGCACUUGCUCUGCAUCCUGACAAAGGAGGGUCAAAGGAGGCCUUCCAGCAAGCUCUGAGGGCAUUCGAGGUGCUUUCAGAUGAUGCCAGCAGGGCAGAGUAUCACAAGAGCUUGCUCCAGGCCAAAGGCUCAAAGCGGCCCAGACAGGAGUCCGCAAGAGGCCGAACAGCAAAAAGGCGGAAGACAGAGGCGGGUGCAAAGCCGAGUCGGCCAACGAAGCAAGGCAAAUGCCCAGAGAGAGGCCCUCGCGCGACCGGCGCCGGCCGGGCCCACCGGGCGAAAGCCAGCUUUCGCUUGCAAAGCCUGGCACGGGUCAAGGGCCAGGAGGACCAGCUGCUGCAGCGGGUCUUCACCUUGCUGCAGAAGCUGACGGCCGUGCGGCGCAGGCAACUGCUGCAGGAAGGCUUCACCCAGGCGCAGCGCAAAGCCCUGGAGACCUGGGCCUUGACGCAGUCCCCGCGCCCGAAGGCUCCCAAGCCGCGCCCGGCGCCCAGGGCGCCGGGGCCAAAGCGCCGCGCGGCGCCGAGCACCGCGCCCGGCGCCGGGCCGCGGAACUCCGCGACGCGGGGCAUCGCGUCCUUCCACCGCAACGGCCAGGUCUACCAUCAGGUGAGCGUUUGCGUGCAGACGCUUUGCAUGACGGCGCGCAAAGUCAAGGAUUUGAGCAAAGCCCUUGACAUCUUGAUGAUUUUGAUGGAGAUCAAGCAGCAGGUGAAACGCAUGGAUGCGCCGGACGCCUUCGUGCAGGGCAUGACCAACUCAGUGCCCACGAUCUUACGCGAGCACGAGGUGACGGCGGAGGAGCUCGGGCUUCGCUUCCAGGUGAUGAUGGGCAUGCGCUUUUGGGUGCGGCCUCCGCUGCACACGCCGCAAGAGGCGCGGGUGGAGGAUGCCCUGCGAGCGUGGUACCGCCUCACCAGCUUCCGGUCCCCCAUGGGGCAAGGAGGGCCCGGGGCUUUGCCCGGAUGGAUCUCAACGAGCUUCAGGAGAGGUGGCACACCUUCAGGGGGGUGUAUCUGGACAUUUUGGAGGAAGCAGGCCGCUGCCGAGCUGCCAAUGGGAGACGCUUGGAUUCCUUGGAAGAGGCUGCCAGACCCCUCCGCGAAAGGCGCAUGGAGCGCUGGAAUCGGCUGGCAAUGUCACAAGAAGACCAGCCUCGUCACAGAAGCAAGAAAGACGCCCAAUCCUUUGAGAGGGCGCAGCGCGCCAGUGCGCGUGGAGCGCGCCAUGCGCAGCAUGGCUGCGGAAGUGUGGCUUCUGGCGGAGGCAAGCGGAGCACUGCAAAGCCGCGCGGAGCCAAUGCCUCCAAGGCUUCGCAAGUGGUCCACGCCCGUCUGCUUCGGCUUCUUGCGCGUUGGGAUCGUGUCCAUCACAAGACUUUGA